AUGGCAGCCCGUCCGACCCUCUUCACCCGCGGCCUCUCCUCGCUCUCCAAGAGCUCCUCCGCCGACCCCAACUCGCCGGGUGGCGUCACGACGCCCUCUGAGCAGCGCGACGAUGCCAAGCGCAACUUUCUCAAGACGAUGCGCGCGCUGCCCACCCAGCACUAUUGGAAUGUCUACUUUGACCGGCCAGGCAAGGAGGCGGGCGCCGGGGAGGGCAAGAAUGGAAACAAGGAGGACGAGAGGAAAGAAAACUACCAGGCCCAGCUCGAGCAGCUGGGCGCCCAGAUCGAGUCUGUCCAGGACUUUUGGCGCUAUGCCAACAACACGCCCGUCGACCAGAUCAAGAUGCGCGAGUCCAUCUACCUGUUCAAGUCUGGGUUCCGCCCCAUCUGGGAAGACCGCCGCAACAUCAACGGCGGCAGCUGGACGUUCCGCGUGCCCAAGAGCAUCGGCCCGGACGUCUGGACGCGCAUCCAGCUGCUGGCGAUUGGUGAGAAGCUACAGAGCGUGCUGGACGAGGGCGACACAAUCUGCGGCGUGGGCUUGUCUGUGCGGUUCAACUCGCACCUCAUUUCCAUCUGGCACCGCGAGUCGUCCAAGCAGAAAUCCGUCGACAACCUGCUCGCGUGCGUGCUCGAGGAGCUGCCGGCCGAGCUGAGGCCCAAGGCCGACGGCUACUUUUACAAGAAGCACUCGGACCACGCCGGCUUCAAGGCCCCGCCCGAGCUGCAGGCUGUGCUCGACUCGCAGAAGAAGCGCGACGAAAUGGCGGCGGCGGCAGCCAAGGAGGCGGCAGCGGCCAAGGAGGCAGCGGCCGCCGCCGAGGCGUAG